CAGUUGAUCAUGAUGUCUUUGCCAAAUGUAUUAAUAAUUGGCAAAAAUCCAUUUUCUGGUAAGAGUACUGAAGAAAUAAAAAAACUCCUCCUGCUUUUACUUGGUUGUGCAGUUCAGUGUCAGAAAAAAGAAGAAUUUAUUGAAAGAAUCCAAGGUCUGGAUUUUGACACAAGAGCAGCUGUUGCAGCCCAUAUUCAAGAGGUAACUCAUAAUCAGGAAAAUGUGUUUGAUCUGCAGUGGAUGGAUGUCAUUGUACUGACACAAGAAUAUGUUGAACCUCUCUUGAAAAAUAUGGCGUUACAUUUAAAAAGACUUAUAGAUGAAAGAGAUGAGCACUCAGAGACUAUCAUAGAACUCUCAGAAGAACGGGAUUGUCUCCGUUUUCUACCUCAUGCAUCAGCAGCACAAUCACCUUGUGGAUCUCCUGGCAUGAAACGCACUGAAAGCAGGCAGCACCUGUCCGUAGAGCUAGCAGAUGCCAAAGCAAAGAUAAGAAGGCUGAGGCAAGAGCUUGAGGAAAAGACUGAGCAGUUGCUUGACUGUAAACAAGAACUUGAACAAAUGGAAGCUGAACUAAAGAGACUUCAGCAAGAGAAUAUGAAUUUACUCUCAGAUGCCCGUUCUGCCAGAGUGUACAGAGAUGAAUUAGAUGCUCUUCGUGAGAAGGCAAUUCGAGUUGACAAGCUUGAAAGUGAAGUCACCCGGUAUAAAGAGAGGCUGCAUGAUAUUGAAUUCUACAAAGCUAGAGUGGAGGAGUUAAAGGAAGACAAUCAAGUCUUGCUAGAAACAAAGACAAUGUUGGAAGAUCAAUUAGAGGGGACUCGAGCCCGUUCUGAUAAAUUACAUGAGUUAGAAAAAGAGAAUCUACAAUUAAAAGCUAAAUUACAUGAUAUGGAGAUGGAGCGUGAUAUGGACAGAAAGAAAAUUGAGGAACUCAUGGAGGAAAAUAUGACUCUAGAAAUGGCUCAGAAACAAAGUAUGGAUGAAUCAUUGCAUCUUGGCUGGGAACUUGAACAGAUAAACAGGACGACUGAACUGUCUGAAGUGCCACAGAAAUCACUUGGUCAUGAGGUAAAUGAACUGACGUCAAGCAGAUUGCUGAAGUUGGAAAUGGAAAACCAAAGUUUGCUGAAGACAGUGGAAGAACUACAGAGUGCAGUGGGUUCUGUAGAAGGCAGUAGUUCAAGGAUUCUGAAAAUGGAAAAAGAAAACCAAAGACUUAGCAAAAAGCUUGAGGAGCUGGAGAAUGAAAUUAGUCAAGAGAAACAAAGUCUUCAAAACAGUCAAAAUUUGAGUAAAGAUUUGAUGAAAGAAAAAGCACAACUUGAAAAGACACUUGAAGCACUUCGAGAAAACUCAGAGCGACAAGUUAAGCUAUUGGAACAAGAAAAUGAACAUUUGAAUCAAACUGUAGCUUCUCUGAGACAACGCUCGCAAAUCAGUGCUGAAGCAAGAAUGAAAGAAAUUGAAAAAGAAAAUAAAAUCCUUCAUGAGUCUAUUAAAGAGACCAGUAGUAAGUUAAAUAAGAUUGAAUUUGAAAAAAAGCAACUCAGGAAAGAGCUGGAACACUAUAAAGAGAAAGGGGAGAGAGCAGAAGAACUUGAGAAUGAGGUACAUCGUCUGGAGAAGGAAAAUGAAUUAUUACAGAAAAAAAUUACUAACUUAAAAAUUACUUGUGAGAAGAUAGAGGCCUUAGAACAAGAAAAUUCAGACCUGGAAAUGGAAAACAGAAAACUAAAAAAAACUUUGGAUAGUCUAAAAAAUCUCACUUUUCAAUUAGAAUCCUUAGAAAAGGAGAAUUCACAACUAGAUGAAGAAAAUCUGGAAUUAAGAAGAACAAUUGAAUCCUUGAAGUGUACAAGCAUUAAAGUGGCACAAUUACAAUUAGAAAAUAAGGAACUGGAGAGUGAAAAGGAGCAACUUAAAAAAAGCCUUGAACUCAUGAAAGCCUCGUUUAAGAAAACUGAACGUUUGGAAGUCAGCUACCAAGGCCUAGACACAGAAAACCAAAGGCUGCAGAAAGCCCUUGAAAACAGCAAUAAGAAGAUUCAGCAGUUAGAAAGUGAAUUACAGGAUUUAGAGUCUGAAAAUCAGACUCUGCAAAAGAACUUAGAAGAGUUAAAAAUCUCUAGUAAGCGCCUAGAGCAGUUGGAAAAAGAGAAUAAGUUGUUAGAACAAGAGACUUCUCAACUGGAAAAAGAUAAGAAACAGCUAGAAAAAGAAAAUAAAAGGCUUCGACAACAAGCAGAAAUUAAGGAUAGUACUUUAGAAGAAAACAAUGUAAAAAUUAGUAAUCUGGAAAAGGAAAAUAAAUCUCUAUUUAAAGAAAUAGUUGUAUAUAAAGAGUCAUGUGUACGCCUAAAAGAACUAGAAAAGGAAAAUAAAGAACUCGUGAAAAGAGCUACCAUUGAUAAGAAAACCCUUGUCACUUUACGAGAGGACUUGGUGAAUGAAAAAUUGAAGACUCAACAAAUGCACAACGAUCUAGAAAAACUUGCCCACGAGCUUGAAAAAAUAGGCUUAAACAAGGAGCGUCUCUUGCAUGAUGAACAGAGCAGUGAUGACAGUAGGUACAAGCUUUUGGAGUCAAAAUUAGAAUCCACACUUAAGAAGUCUCUUGAAAUAAAAGAAGAAAAAAUUGCUGCUUUGGAGGCUCGUUUAGAAGAAUCAACAAAUUUAAACCAGCAGCUCCGCCAGGAACUUAAAACAGUGAAAAAGAACUACGAAGCUCUCAAGCAAAGACAAGAAGAGGAAAGGAUGGUUCAGAAUUCUCCUCCAAGAAGUGAAGAAGACAAUCAAUCUGUCAAUAAGUGGGAGAAAGAAAAUCAGGAAACUACUAGAGAAUUAUUGAAAGUUAAAGAUAGAUUAAUUGAAGUAGAAAGGAAUAAUGCUACACUGCAGGCAGAGAAGCAAGCACUGAAGACACAAUUAAAGCAACUUGAGACACAGAACAGCAAUCUGCAGGCUCAGAUUCUUGCACUUCAGAGACAGACUGUUUCUCUACAGGAACAAAAUACAACUCUACAAACUCAAAAUGCCAAGCUGCAGGUUGAAAAUUCCACCCUUAAUUCUCAAAGCACAUCUCUUAUGAAUCAGAAUGCACAACUGUUGAUACAGCAGUCUGCUUUAGAAAAUGAGAAUGAAUGUGUGCUCAGGGAACGUGAGGACCUGAAAUCACUGUAUGAUUCACUUCUCAAAGAUCAUGAAAAGCUGGAACACCUGCAUGAACGCCAAGCUUCCGAGUAUGAAUCUCUGAUUGCUAAACAUGGAAAUCUUAAGUCUGUACACAAAAAUCUGGAGGUGGAGCAUAAGGACUUAGAAGAUAGGUACAAUCAGUUGCUGAAACAGAAAGUGCAGCUGGAAGAACUGGAGAAAGUACUCAAGAUAGAACAGGAGAAAAUGCUGCAGCAAAAUGAAAAACAUGAAACUGUAGCAGCAGAGUAUAAGAAACUUCGUGAUGAAAAUGAAAGGCUUACUCAUACAUACAGUCAACUCUUGAGAGAGAAUGAAGUUCUCCAAACUGAUCAUAAGAAUUUGAAAACAUUAUUGAAUAAUUCCAAACUGGAACAAACACGAUUAGAAGCUGAGUUUUCUAAACUAAAAGAACAGUACCAGCAACUGGAUAUAACAUCUACAAAACUAAAUAAUCAGUGUGAGCUGCUUAGCCAGCUUAAAGGAAAUCUGGAGGAGGAAAACAGACAUCUACUAGAUCAAAUUCAGACAUUAAUGCUACAGAACAGAACAUUACUUGAGCAAAACAUGGAAAGCAAGGAUCUCUUCCAUGUAGAGCAAAGGCAAUACAUUGACAAACUAAAUGAAUUAAGGCGACAGAAGGAGAAAUUGGAGGAGAAGAUAAUGGAUCAAUAUAAAUUUUAUGAACCAUCUCCACCAAGAAGGGGCAACUGGAUUACUCUGAAAAUGAGGAAGCUGAUAAAAUCUAAGAAGGAUGUUAAUAGAGAACGUUUGAAGUCUGUGACCCUUACACCUACCCGUUCAGAAUCCAGUGAAGGAUUUCUUCAGCUGCCCCACCAGGACAGUCAGGAUAGUUCCUCUGUGGGCUCAAACUCUCUUGAAGAUGGCCAGACCUUGGGGACCAAAAAAAGUAGUAUGGUUGCACUGAAAAGACUGCCCUUUUUGAGGAACAGACCGAAGGAAAAAGACAAAAUGAAGGCCUUCUACCGUCGCUCCAUGUCCAUGAAUGACCUGGUGCAGUCCAUGGUCCUAGCAGGAGGACAAUGGACAGGUAGUUCUGAGCAUCUGGAGGGUCCUGAUGAUAUAUCUGCGGGUAAAAGGAGGAAAGAAUUGGGAGCUAUGGCCUUCUCUACUACAGCUAUCAACUUUGCAACUGUCAACUCUUCUACAGGCUUCAGAUCCAAGCAGUUGCUAAAUAAUAAAGAUACUACAUCCUUUGAAGAUGUAAGUCCACAAGGUAUUAGUGAUGAUUCUAGUACAGGAUCAAGAGUUCAUGGUAAGAUGUGAACUUGAAUUAAAUGAAUUAAGAAUAUUUUAUGUGAAUGUUAACAAAGUUUGGGGGAAAAGAAAAGUGAAUGGCACAGUUACAAGUGAGCAUGCUUUCUGUGAUUUGCAUCUCUCUUGAAUGCAUAGUAUCAUUUCUUCAGAUUAUUCUUUUCUUUCUUUACUACAUCAGAUAGAUGUUCUAUAUCUCUAAUAGAAAGUAUCUGUGAAGUGCAUCUGAACAGGAUCAAAACAUUUUUCCCUUUUAAAAAUGUAUUUGGUGUUAAUAGUAAAAUAAAAGAAGUUAUCAUUUCAAUC